AUAAACCCUAAUACUACCUUUCUCUAAAGCCAACGGUGAACUGUAAUUAGAGACUUCAACAAAAAAAUGGGAGCCAAAUUAAAGAAAAGAGAAAACGAAACUCUGGCAGAAUUCGAAGACCAUGAAAAUUUUGAUGCCAAUGAGAAGAGGAAGAAAAAGAAGAGCAGUGAAGAGGGAGAAAAGAAGGAGACGACACUUCCAUCGAUGAUAAAGAACAAAGAGAAGAGAUCCGCCGCGCACGCUAAGCUCAGACACCAGAAGAAGCUUGAGAAACGAAAGAAGCUCAAAUCACGCGAUGCCGAUGAAAAACGCGCUCUCGAGCUCGGCGAGGAGCCUCCUCCAAGGCAGAUUCCACGUACCAUCGAGAACACUAGGGAAUUUGAUGAGACUGUAUGCAAGCCUGAUGACGAUGAGCUAUUUGCGGGUAAUGAUGCUGAUGAAUUUAGUCCAAUUAUGAGGCGUGAACGAACUCCUAAAAUAUUGAUCACCACUUGUAGAUUCAAUUCUACUAGGGGACCACUUUUUAUAUCAGAACUGCUUUCAGUCAUCCCAAACGCGCAUUACCAGAAGAGAGGAACUUAUAAAUUAAAAGAGAUUGUAAAAUAUGCGAACAACAUGGAUUUCAGUGCUAUUAUUGUUGUCCACACUAAUCGCAGAGAACCAGAUGCUCUUCUGAUCAUUAGCUUGCCUGUUGGACCUACUGCACAUUUCAAGCUCUCAAAUCUUGUGUUACACAAGGAUAUUAAGAAUCAUGGGAAUCCAACUAGUCACAAGCCUGAGCUUGUGAUGACCAACUUUACGACACGCUUGGGUCAUCGAGUUGGGAGACUAAUACAGUCACUUUUCCCUCAAGAUCCAAAUUUUCGUGGUCGGCGAGUUGCAACCUUCCACAAUCAACGGGAUUUUAUAUUCUUCCGUCAUCACCGGUACAUCUUUGAAACUAAAGAAAGUAAACAGAGUGAUUCAAAAGGUAAGAAAGAAAAAGAUAACAAGGGAGAGAAGAUUGCUCAAGAGAAAGUAGUUGCUCGCCUUCAGGAAUGUGGUCCUCGAUUUACGCUGAAGUUACUAAGUCUACAGCAUGGAACAUUUGAUACCAAAAGUGGUGAAUAUGAAUGGGUUCACAAGCCGGAAAUGGACACCAGCCGAAGGAGGUUUUUUCUGUGAGUUGCAUUUGAUCCUUUGAUUUUUUUUUUUUUUUUUUUUGGGUGUAGAAAUAGUAGUAAUUCUUUUGAAUAGUGUUGUACUGACCAAAUGGUCUCAAGGUUCUGACCUGUCUUUUUGGGAGAUGGCAGUCUGUAAAAUUUGUCAUCAGUUUGACCAAUUUUUUCUGUCUGUGGAGACACUUACAAUAUAUUUAGUUUUCAAGAAUCUUUAAUUCUUACAAUA